AACAGCUGAUUUCGGGCCGGCUAAAUUGUUGUGGUUACGUGCAAAAUGUUGCGUGCAUUUCAUUUUGGUCUUGUCAGGCGCCUAUAUUCUGUGAAACCAGCUAAGAAAGAUGCAAAUAAAUAUACAGACACAAUAAAUCUGCCCAGAACGCGGUUUCCGAAUCGCUUGAGUGCGGCCAAACGUGAGGAGCAGGAACGACAAGUUCUCGACCAUAAGAUUGCGCCCGCCUACAAGUACCAGGAGCAGCACAAGCACAAGCCAACCUUUGUGCUGCACGAUGGGCCGCCCUAUGCCAAUGGCCAGCUGCACAUGGGCCACGCCGUCAACAAGAUACUGAAGGAUAUUACGUUGCGUCAACGUGUGGUACACGGACAGCAGGUUAACUACAUACCCGGCUGGGAUUGCCACGGAUUGCCCAUUGAGCUAAAGGCAUCAAGCUCAGCGGCUGGCGACCAGAAUGCGUUGGACAUACGGCAGAAAUCGUGCGCCUUUGCCUUGGAGGCCAUCGAGUCGCAGAAGGCGGAAUUUCGCAGUUGGGGCAUACUGGCCAACUGGCAGCCGGAAGACAUCUAUUUGACCUUCAGGCCCGAGUUCAUUGCCAACCAGCUGCAUAUGUUUUAUAAUCUAUACGAGCGCGGCUUUGUCUAUCGAGAUCUGAAGCCCGUCUACUGGUCUCCCUCCUCGAAAACAGCGCUGGCGGAGGCAGAACUGGAGUAUGAUGCAAAGUUCAUUAGCCCCUCGGUCUACUUGCGUUGUGCUUUGAACGGCUUGUCGGCGAUUGAAGCGGCCCAGGGCAAACAAAUCUAUGCGCUGGUCUGGACCACAACGCCUUGGACCCUGCCCAGUAAUCAGGCAAUCUGCUACAAUAGCGCGUUGGAUUAUGUGCUGGUCAGGCUGUUGGACCGCGGACCAAAUGAGCUUUAUUUAAUGGCCACAGCACUUAUUGCAGAUUUUGAGGCCAGCACGCAGCUUCAGUGUGAGAUUGUGGAGCGUUUGGCUGGCAGCGCCUUAAGUGAUUGCAGCUAUCAACAUCCCAUAGACAAGACCCAAACAAAGCUGCCAUUUUUUGACGCUACUCAUGUGCAAGAGAGCAAAGGCACGGGCCUGGUGCACACGGCACCUGCGCACGGGCCCGAUGACUUUCUGAUUAGCCUGGCUAAGAAGUUGCCUGUCAAGUGCUACGUCAACGAGUCGGGCGUUUAUACAGAAGAGGCGCCUGCAUUUCUGCGUGGUCAGUCGGUGCUGGCGCAGGGCAAUCCCCUGGUGUUACAACACAUAGCCGAGGACGUUGUGCAUGCCUCGAAGUUUGAGCAUUCCUAUCCGAUUGACUGGCGUACCAAGCAACCGGUUAUAAUUCGGGCCAGCGAGCAGUGGUUCAUAAAUACGGAUAAACUAAAGGCGCCCGCAGCUGCUGCCUUGGAACAGGUGGAUAUCUAUCCGCGCGCUAAUGCCGAGUCUAGUAAAAAAGCGCUGUUGACGCAGCUGCACAAGCGGCCCUAUUGGUGCAUAUCCAGACAGCGUGCUUGGGGCGUGCCCAUACCCGUGUUGUACAGACGAGACAACAAUCAGGUGGUGCUAAAUGCGGCUUUAAUUGAGCAUCUGUGUGGCUUGUUGCGUACCGAGGGCUCCAUGGACUUUUGGUGGUCCAAACCGCUAGAGGAGCUGCUGCCGGCUGAUCUCUUAAAGAAACUGGGCUGUGAGGCAAAUCAGCUGAUCAAGGGCAACGAUAUAUUUGAUAUAUGGUUCGAUUCAGGCAGUACUUGGUCCGCGGUGCUAAAGGAGCAAUCACAACAAGUGGCUGAUCUUUAUCUGGAGGGCUACGAUCAGUUCACUGGCUGGUUUCAAUCCUCGCUCUUGAUGAGCAUAGCGGCACGGAACUGUGCGCCCUAUAGGGCUCUCUUUGUGCAUGGCUUUACGGUGGACGAAAAGGGCCACAAAAUGUCCAAGUCACUGGGCAAUGUGAUUUCGCCCAAGCAGAUAACCAAGAAAUAUGGCACAGAUGUGCUGCGUUGGUGGGUGGCCUUCCACGGCACCCAGCACAUGUCCAUCACGGUCAGCGAUAAACUGCUGCAGCAGUCGGCCGAGAAUCUUAGCAAAGUGCGCGGUACACUGCGCUACCUGAACGGAGUCAUCAAUCAGAAGGAGCACAAGCUGUCCGAUCCCACGCUGAAUGAUAGCUAUUUGAAUAAGUAUCUGUUACACAACUUGUUGGGCUUUGAGCAGGAGAUCCACAAGCUUUAUAAUGGCUAUGAGUAUAAUCGAGUUGUGGCCAGCAUUCAGAAUUUUAUUGCCAACCAGGUGUCGGGCAUUUAUGUGCAUUUGAUCAAGGAUCGACUAUACUGUGGCAACAACCAGGAGCUGCAAGCCAUUCGCUACACACUGAGCCACUGUUAUAGGCAGCUUUGCAAGGCACUGUGGCCCAUAACGCCUUACCUAAUCGAGGAAAGCUGGAGCUACUACGAUCCAACUGGCAGCGCCUUCUACGAGGAAACAGUGCAAGCUAAUAAAGAUUGGGAAAAUGUGCAGGCCAGCCAGAUAGUAAAUGCAGCAUUGGAUAUUAAGCGCCUAGUGAACCAACAGGCAGGCGAUGUCAACAGCUGGCAUCUCGCAGUGAACAUUAAAUGUGGUUCACAGCAACAACUGGAAAUGCUUUCUGCAUUACAUGGCCAGUUGAAUGUGCCAUUUUCGAACUCGGAACUGUGCGAGAUUCUGCAAGUAGGCAGUGCAACGCUGCAGACUCAGUUGGACGCUGCAACGGACACAGCUGUGGUUACACUACAGACGCUCAACGCGCCGCUUUGUCCACGUUGUCGCCGCUAUAGCGUGGUCGAGCCCGAGCAGGAGAUCUGCAAGCGGUGUUCGGGCAUUCUGUCUAAUAAGAAAUAGUUUUAUAAUAUUGUUGUUUAUAUAGGUCGGUUGCGUAAAAGUUAAUACAUUUUA